CUCCCCCGUUUUUUUUUUUUUAAACAAAACCCAAAACUAAACUGUACAGUUCUAUCCGGCUUGGAAUUUGCCAGUCCCCCGCUAUGCCGGUCACUGGCGAUUCAUCAGAGCCGGUGGUUUCGUCCGAAGGGAGCAACGCGUUCUUGCCACUCGUACAAGACAAAGAAACUCUCAAGACACCAAAGCUUUCUCCACUUGAUAAAGAUUUUGAGAUUCUGGUGCAAAAUACACUGGAAAAGUGGCAUAUUGAGGGAGUUGCUAUUGCUGUUAUCGAUGGAGAUGAUACGUGGUCCGAGGGAUAUGGAAUUGCUGCUUUACCAGACACUCCAGUCCGCCCUUCAACUCUAUUCUACACGGGCAGUACAACAAAAUCGUUCACUGCUGCUGCUGCCUCCUUGUUAGUUGACGACGACGAGAAAUACCCUAACAUCAAAUGGACAACCCCGCUUAGUCGACUCAUUCGCGAAGAUUUCGUUCUCCAAGAUGAAUAUGCCACAUCGCACGUUACGUUGGAGGAUGCGUUGUCGAAUCGAACUGGCUUACCUGGACAUAUGUUAACCCUGGGACGUGUUGGUACCGUCCGGGAUGUUGUUCGAAGCCUGCGCCAUUUGCCGAUGGACAAGGAGAUCCGAACCACCUGGCAAUACUGUAACGCGAUGUUCAUCACCGUCGCACAUAUGAUUGAGACGGUCACUGGCCAAUGGCUUGGGGACUUUCUCCGCGAACAUAUCUGGGGGCCCUUGGACAUGAAUUCGACCUUCUUCUCGCUCGAAGACGCACGGCGGUACGUUGCCUCUAGUGACGCCACGCUUGCCAAAGCCUACGCCUGGGAUGAGGCAUCCCUUCAGUCCAAAGAGGUCCCAUACUGUGAGGGGACCUUGAGCGGCGCUGGAGCGGUUAUUUCCACUGUCCUCGACUACGCCCAGUAUAUCCGCUCAAUGAUACGGCAAUCCGGCCCGCUCUCAAAAGCAGGGUAUGCGGCACUGCUGCAGCCACGCUCCUUUAUGCCGCAGAUGCUUCCGCAGCUCAAGCACCAAAUGGUCUAUACCCUCGGGUUGAUGUCCAGUGCUUAUCGCGGGGAGCCUGUGAUCCUGCACCCUGGCGGCCUUGACGGCAUGACAAGUACGAUGAUAUACUUUCCCGAGCGAGACUGGGGUAUUGCAGUCUUCUGCAAUGCUGCAGGCCCAGGACGUGAAUCGCUGGCCUGGCAUUUAAUCGACAAUCUAUUCAAGGUCCCAAAAGAAGAGCGUCUAGAUCUCUUCGAGCUGGCGCAAAACAAACUUGCCAAAGCCAAAACGCUACGCUCCUCGGCGCGGGAGCGCUUGUAUCCCUCUGCUCCUUCGCCUGGGCGUCCGAAUUCGCUGCCGCUGCAGGAAUAUGCUGGCCAUUAUACCCACCCUGCCUACCCGGACUUUAUAAUUACUCUGACGUCUGACGAUCCGCCGACUCUACACGUUACUCUUAGCGGGACCUUGAAUGAGACCAUGAGCCUACAGCACGUGUCCGGGGAAUUCUUUCUCGCCGAGCUGUUCGUCACUCUUUGGGGCGUGGAGCCUGCCGCUGUGAUCCGGGCUGAGUUUCAAAUAAAUGCGGAGGGCAAGGCGGCCCGGUUUGGUGCUACGGUGGAUUAUGCCGAUAUGCCUGAUACCUUGAUUUGGUUUGAUCGGUGUGACUGAGUAGAGAAGAGAAGGGCGAAAUGUGUCUUCUUCGAUGGCCACACGGGACGUUGUUUUUGUUUUGUUGGUUUAUUUCUAGCUUAUCCUUUUUUCAUAACCUCUGGUUUUAUAGGGCAUGAACCGAGUUAUAUCUGAUACGAUCUCUCGCGUGAAUACUUUUGGUAGAAGUAAGAAUCAUGUUGUGAAUAUUUAAGAAUAAGGAGUGAAUAUAUA